AUGUUCUUCGCCAACGAGCAGCGCGACAAAGUUCGCGAGGACAACCCCGGCAUCAAAUUCGGCGAUGUCGGCAAGAUGCUGGGCGAGAAGUGGAAGGCCCUGAACGAGAAGCAGCGUGCGCCAUACGAGGCCAAGGCUGUUGCCGACAAGAAGCGCUACGAGGAGGAGAAGGCAGCCUACAGCGCUAAUGCCGACGAAGAGGAAGAAGUCUCCGAGUAA